CACUCAUUUGAUUAAAAUAUCACGGAUUAUUCGUACUCCACAAGGAAAUGCGUUGUUGGUUGGUGUGGGUGGAUCUGGAAAACAGAGUCUGACCAGACUAGCAUCACAUAUUGCUGGAUAUGAGAGCUUUCAGAUUACUUUAACAAGAACAUAUGCCACCAAUAACCUCUUGGAUGAUUUGAAAAUCUUGUACCGCACUGCUGGGCAAAAAGGAAAGGGCAUUGUCUUUAUAUUCACAGACAACGAAAUCAGAGAUGAAUCUUUUCUUGAGUACCUGAACAAUGUUUUGGCUUCAGGUGAAGUCUCAAAUCUUUUUGCACGAGAUGAAAUAGGUGAAAUCACACAAGAUCUGAUACCAGCAAUGAGGAAAGAGUAUCCAAAGCGUACUCCCACUGGUGAAAAUCUUUAUAAUUACUUUCUUACUCGAGUUCGCAAUAACUUGCACGUGGUACUUUGUUUUUCUCCUGUUGGGGAAAAGUUCAGAACACGUGCACUCAAAUUUCCAGCUCUGAUUUCAGGCUGUACCAUGGACUGGUUCCAGCGCUGGCCUAAAGAUGCUCUUGUAGCAGUUGCACAACAUUUUUUAGUUUCCUACCCAAUAGAGUGCACAGAUGAAGUGAAACAAAGUGUUAUUAACACCAUGGGAACGUUUCAAGAUAUUGUAGCUGAAAAAUGCGUUGAAUACUUUGAACGAUACAGACGCCGAACGUUUGUUACUCCAAAAUCUUACCUGUCCUUCAUUGGAGGCUACAAAGCUAUUUAUGAAGAGAAGUUUGCCAGUGUUGGAAGUUUGUCUGAACGUAUGAGAACAGGUCUUGCAAAACUGAUGGAAGCCGAGGUUUCAGUAAAUCAGCUUUCCAAACAGCUGGUGAUGAAGGAGAAAGAUUUGGCUUUAGCUUCAAAAAAAGCUGAUGAAGUUUUAUUGGAAGUAACAAUGAAAGCCCAAGCUGCUGAAAAGGUGAAAAUGCAGGUGCAAAAGGUAAAAGACAAAGCUCAGAUCAUUGUGGAUGAAAUCGCCAUUGAUAAAGCAGCAGCAGAAGAGAAGCUUGAAGCUGCAAGACCUGCUCUGGAAGAAGCAGAGGCAGCCCUGCAGACAAUAAAGCCCUCUGACAUCGCAACUGUUCGCAAACUGGGUAAACCUCCUCACUUGAUAAUGCGAAUUAUGGAUUGUGUGCUACUUUUAUUCCAAAGGAAAAUAGACUCAGUAACAAUUGAUCAAGAACGCCCAUGUGUGAAGCCAUCAUGGACUGAGGCUCUGAAACUAAUGAAUAACUCUGGAUUUCUUGGCAUGUUGCUUAGUUUUCAGAAGGACUCAAUUACAGGAGAAAUUGUGGAGCUUUUAGAGCCUUAUUUGGACAUGGAGGAUUAUAAUCUGGAGAUGGCUAAAAAAGUGUGUGGAAACGUAGCAGGUCUAUGCUCAUGGACACAAGCAAUGGCUUACUUCUAUGGUAUUAAUAAAGAAGUCCUUCCUCUUAAGGCAAAUCUAGCCUUGCAAGAGGGAAGACUUGCAGCUGCCCAAACUGAACUGAAUAAUGCACAAAAUCAGCUGGAUGAGAAGCAGAUGGAACUGGAUCAAGUACAAGCCAUGUAUGAUGCUGCUAUGAAAGAGAAGCAGGCCUUACUUGAUGAUGCCGAGGCUUGCAGAAGGAAGAUGAACAAUGCCACAGCUCUGAUAGAAGGCUUAGGUGGAGAAAAGGUGCUGGCACAUUAGGAGUAUAGUUCUAGCACAAAGUUGGUCCUCAGGUUUGAUAACAAAUAUUAACAGUGCUGAAGAAAUUCAAGGCAAGGUGAUGUCUUGAUAUCAUAUGACACUAUAUUUUAGUUACACGUGGGCUCUUUUCUUUUUUUCUUGAAAUCAGUGUAUCUAACAAAGUAAAAACCAUUUAUUGUGUUAGCCAAAUUCUUACAUAUAAUGAUCAUAUGGCUUGUAUUGGGAUAACGUUCGAAAUGAAAGCCAAGGAGCCAAAUUCCUUUUAACUUUACUAAGAAGAGGAAUUAGGCUUAACCUAAAUAAUUACCCUAAAAUAUUCAUAAGAAGGAUUACUCUUUUUUUUCUCACCAACUAUACAAGAAUAGAAAUUUGAAGCUUGACUAAUAUUCUGAAUUAUAUUUUAAGUUCAGAUUGCUACUGAAACCUUUUACAGAAUUAUGGGCUAAUCUUUAUCCUCUGUGCUAAGCUUUAAGUUUUACUUUCCUAUGCAGAUUUUUAUAGCUUCAGCUUAUAAUAGAACCUGAGGGUUUCCAGAAAAAGCGGGAUGGUCUUUUUUGUAAUUGGCUGAUUAUUUGCUUUGAGAAGUCCUUGUUUGUAAUCACACAGAAUCAAAACUGAUGAAAGCCUUGACUUUCAACCACUGAAUCCUGUAAGAUCUCAAGUGUUUGUACAGAUGUGCUUCAAAAUGUUUAGUCCAAAAUAUUAGAUGCUUUGGCCUAUUUUUGAUUUCUCAGGACAUUAUCCAAUAGAAGUUGGAGUAUCUCCAAAGAUAGAGAUUCUGCAGGCUCUCUUGGCAACUAUUCCAGUCCUCGACCACUCUCACUGUCUUUUUGUAUAUUUGAAUGGAAUUACCUGUAUUUGAAUUCCUGCCCACUGCCACUUGUCCUUUCACUGGGUACCAUUUUAAAGAGUAUGGCACCAUCUUCUUUGCAAUCAGUCAUGACAUAUUAAUACAUUGCCAGAAUUCCCCCCAAGAGUCUGCUCUCAAGCCUAAAUAGUCUCUGUACACUCAGACUAUUCUCAUAAGACAGAGGCCCCAUUUGGGCCCUUUGCUUAACUCUCUCUAAUGUGUCCAUAUCUGGUCAGCUCAGACCUGAGCACAGUAGUCCAGAAGUGCUCUCACCAGUGAUAACAGGAAUAAUCACCUCCCUGGAUGUGUUUCCAGCAGUCUUCUGAAGGUAACCUAGAAUGCUCUUGUCCAUCUCUGCUGUGAGCAUUUGUUACUGUCUCAUGUUCCACGUGGUUUCUGUUAGCGCUUCCAGGCCUUUUUCUUCCCAACUGCACUCUAGCUGUCAGUUCCAGCUGGAACCAUACUGUUGCAUUGAGUUUUUCCUUCUCAGAGACAGUACCAACACUUUCCUUUGCUGAACUUGAGAUUCCUGUUGGUCCAUUUCUCCAGCCUGUUGAGUGCUCUCUGGAUGGCAGCCCUUUUAUCAAGUGUGUCAACUUGCUGAGAGUGCACUCUCUUCUAUUUUCUAUGGGUCAUUCAUUUUACCCCUAUAGGAGUGAUAUUUGUAUUCACUUUGUCCUCAGGAGUUUCUCUCAAUCGUAGUGACCUUCCAAAGACUAAUGGCCAUCCAGAGAUUUCAGAUGCAGAACUCAAUGCAUUCCAGCUGCUUUCUCACAGAGGGAAACUACUUCUCACUGUUCCAGCCUGUCCUUCAUAACAAGCCUAUAUAUGUGUUGUAGCACUGUGAUUGUGGGAACUUUCCUGCUGUGUCACAGUGA